AUGGAAGUUGGUCGUGCUUCGAUACGUUGCUUGCCGUCCUUCGGAAUUUCAAUCUUCUGGCUUACCAUCCUCCAUCUCUUAAUCUGUUCUGCCGGAAAACAGUGUGGAAAUUGCGGCUCGUUCUCCGUUCCCUACCCGCUCAGCACAUCACCAGGAUGCGGCGACCCCAGUUACUCGGUUUUCUGCAACACAUCCGCUGGAGCUCUGUUCUUGAGAAGCGAAGGAGGGGCGGACUAUCCCAUAACAAGCAUCGAUCCCCUGUCACAAACAUUCAUCCUUCAACCGGCGGAACUCAUGGGAAAUUCGUGCCGGACGUCCGAUUUCAUCUACAGUGGCAUUAAGCUGAACCAAAGUUUGCCGUUCAAUUUCACAGCAAAUAACACGAUCUUCCUGCUGAAUUGCACCGCUGAAAUGACCAAGAUAGAAGUAUACGACUGCUCCAAUCAGAGCUCCAGUUCCAGCAGUUGCUGGACCUAUCUGAAGAAGGGACCGCAGGAGGUGGCAACCUGCCGGAGUUGGAGCAUUUGCUGCACACGCACUGGCGCCGUGCGAGCCCAAUUACCAUACAAUAUACUCUUACAGGUUUGUACAGCAUACAAGAGCUACGUCAACCUGAACAUGGCGUUGCCGAUACAGGAGUGGCAGGAAGGAGUGGAGGUUCAAUGGAGAUCCCCACCGGAAUUGGAGUGCCGGAACCAGGCGGACUGCUCGGUGGCGGUGCCCAACUCAACAUGCACGAUGGAUCCUAUUGCUGCAGGCAAUGGGACGAGGCGCUGUAUAUGCAACGCUGGUUUUCAGUGGAAGCCGAUGGAAGGGACGUGCAGAAAGGUUGUCCAAGAGUGUCGGAAAUGGUGGAGAUGUCACAAAAUAUGGUACAUCGCCCCUGUAGCAGGGUUUACAUCUGCUUUGGCACUUUCUUUGAUGUUUAUCGGCUCCCUGUUAUAUAGAAGGCGAAUGCUGGCCAAGGAGGCACAUGAGAGGCUAACAAAAGAGAGAGAAGAGAUUCUGUCAGCCAACAGCGGGGGGAGAUCUGCCAAGCUCUUCAGUGGAAGAGAUAUGAUGAAGGCCACAAACUCUUUCUCCAAAGACCGGCUUCUUGGCCAAGGCGGUUUUGGAGCAGUCUACAAAGGCUUUCUUGAAAAUGGAACUCCAAUUGCUGUCAAGAUUGCCAAGGUUGAUAACACCAAGGGCACAGACCAGGUACUGAAUGAGGUGAGCAUCCUCUCACAGGUCAACCACAGAAGCCUUGUCCGCCUGCUAGGCUGCUGUGUUGAGUUAGAGCUACCGGUCAUGGUCUAUGAGUUCAUUCCCAAUGGAACUCUACAUGAACACAUCUACACUGAUCGAUAUGGCUUCCUCAAUUGGCAUCAAAGACUCAAGAUUGCUCAUCAAACUGCAGAAGGCCUUGCUUACCUUCAUUCCUCGGCAAUGCCCCCGAUCUAUCACCGCGACGUCAAAUCAAGCAACAUUCUUCUUGACGAUAAAUGCAAUGCCAAGGUCUCUGAUUUCGGGCUAUCUAGGCUGAUUGAUCCUGAGCAGACGCACGUAUCAACAUGUGUACAGGGUACAAUUGGUUAUUUGGAUCCUGAGUACUAUAGGAACUACCAGCUAACAGACAAGAGUGAUGUGUACAGCUUUGGUGUGGUUCUACUUGAGCUCUUGACAUCUAAGAAGGUCAUAGACUAUCAGAGAGAUCCAAGGGAAGUAAACUUGUUUGUGUAUGUUCAACACAGGGUGAAUGUAGGGAAUGUUACGGAAGUAGUGGAUGAAGAGUUGAGAUGGGGAGCUUCACCAAGAAGUUUGGAGUCGAUGAAGGCCUUGUGCUCUCUUGCAAUGGGUUGCCUUGAGGAGAGAAGGCAGGACCGACCAUCGAUGAAGGAUGUUGCAGAAGAGAUUCAGUACAUCAUUGCAAACCAGUAAACUGCUUCUCCCUUUGCAUCCCUCCAAGCGUAGAAUUUGUUUGUUUAGGUAGCAAGUUGUGAAGGAGAUUGAGUAGACCGUUAGCAGCAAGCAAACUGACGCUACAAUUGUCCCUAUGAAAGCGUAGAAUAAUGUUUCAAAA